AUGGAAACAGCAAUUGAGGUCUACAACGACGUCGAGAUGCGAUCGCCAGAGACGCAGCCGAUCAAGCGACGGAAGAAGAAGUCGAUGGUGUGGGAACACUUCACAAUUGCCACCGUAGAGCCUGAUCUCAGAAGAGCUUUCUGCAAAGGCUGUAACCAGAGCUUCGCUUACAGCAACGGCACCAAAGUCGCCGGCACUAGCCACCUCAAGCGUCACAUAGCUAAAGGUACUUGUCCUGCUCUCGUCCAUGCUCAUGCUCAAGAGAACGAAAACAACACGACGACUCCGACUCCGUACACUCCCAAGGGUGAUUACACACCGAGAAGACGCUACCGAACGCAGAGCAAUAGUGCUUACGUUUCGAUUGAUCAGGAGAAGUGUCGUCAUCAGAUCGCGAAGAUGAUCAUCCUCCAUGACUAUCCUCUUCACAUGGUCGAGCAUCCUGGUUUCGCCUCUUUCGUGGAGAGUCUCCAGCCUCGAUUCGACUCUGUGAGCUUCAACAAUGUUCAAGGAGACUGUGUGGCGACUUACCUCGCGGAGAAGCAGAACGUUAUCAAGUCGUUACAAUUGAUUCCGGGACGGAUCUGUCUCACGCUCGACUUCUGGACGUCGAAGCUGACUCUCGGGUAUGUGUUUGUGACUGGUCAUUUCAUUGAUAGCGAUUGGAAGAUACAGAGGAAGCUUCUCAAUGUUUUGAUGGAAUCGUACCCUGAAUCUGAUGAAGCUUUGAGCAAUGCUGUUGCGAAUUGUGUAUCUGAAUGGGGUCUUGAAGGGAAGCUGUUCUCUGUUGCCUUCAACCAUUCGGCGAGUAAAGCCGCGGUUGAGAAAAUCAGACCUCAAAUCUGCAUCAAGAACCCUGGGAUUCUUGAUGGUCAGUUGGUGAUUGGGAACUGCGUUGCUCGAACGUUCAGUGGCCUCGCUAAGGAAGUUCUUGAGAAAGGUAAAGAUGUGAUCAACAAGAUCAGGGACAGUGUGAAGCAUGUGAAGACUUCAGAGAAUCAUGAGGAUAGGUUUGUUGAGCUCAAGGAGCAGCUUCAAGUUCCGAGCGAUAAGGUGCUUUCUCUUGAUGAUCAGACGCAAUGGAACACAACGUAUAAGAUGCUCGUGGCUGCUUCGGAAUUGAAGGAAGUGUUUUAUUGCUUGGAGACUUCUGACCCUGACUACAAGCAUCCUCCUUUAGCUGAUAACUGGAGGCAGGUGGAGGCACUUUGCACAUUCCUGAAGCCUCUUUACGAAGCUGCCUCUACUCUCCAGUCUACUGAAAACCCAUCCGCGGUUACCUUCUUCCAUGAAGUGUGGAAGACACAGUCGGAUCUGUCUCGGGCGAUAGGUGGAGAGGAUCCUUACGUUGCGGGUAUUGCUAAAACCAUGAAAGAGAAGGUUGACAAGUACUGGAGAGACUGUAGCUUGGUUUUGGCGAUGGCGGUGGUGAUGGAUCCUCGGUUCAAGAUGAAGCUCGUUGAGUUCAGUUUCUCCAAGAUAUUCGGAGAAGACGCAGGGAAGAACAUCAAGACUGUGGACGAUGGGAUCCACGAGCUCUUCAGCGAGUACAUGGCGGUCCUGUUGCCGCUGAAUCCGGCAUCCGACGGAGGGAAAGCAGACGGGCUGUCGGAUUUCGACACGUACAUCAUGGAGACGACGGGGCAGAAUCUGAAAUCGGAGCUUGACCAGUACCUCGAUGAAACGCUGCUUCCUCGAGUUCAGGAGUUUGACGUGCUCGACUGGUGGAAACAGAACAAGCUCAAGUUCCCGACCUUGUCGAAGAUGGCUAGAGACAUCCUCUCGGUCCCGGUCUCGGCUGCAGCUUUUGUUGACCAUGUAUUUGACAUGGAACCGAGGGAGAUGGAUGAGUACAAGACGUCGCUGAGGCCUGAGACUGUGGAGGCUCUGAUUUGCGCCAGGGAAUGGCUUCUUGAGAGCGGUGGUGCUUCUUCUUCUUCUUCUUCUGCGGCUGCUGUCAAAGCUGAAGCGUAA